AUGGCACAACAUCCUGACAAGAUAAAAUGGAAAGAACACAUGUCGCACGGGUUAUCCGCAUCUCAAUUUGGAAUGGCUCUCGGUUUGUGUGGUCGAGUUGUUGACUUUGUAGACUAUCUACGCAAUAUCGUUGGAACAGAAUUGGAAUUCACUGGCAAUGCCAGUACUUCCCACGGUAUUGUAACAGAAGCAAAAUCACGUUCCUUGUAUGAGUUAUUAACAGGUAAUGCUGUUAGCGACGGUGGUUUCUUCUUAACGGAUGAUGGUUUGCUUGGCUGCUCUCCAGAUGGACGUAUGUUUUACCGUACAAAUUCUCAAAACGGUGAUUCCCAACCUCAAGUGAAGGGAAACAUUAGUACUAUAGAAGUAGAUACAAGAGAAAAAGCUGUACCUACUGUUAAGAUACCCUUUCGAUCCAAAUGGCAACCUCAAGUUCAUUCCACAUCUUCUUUAGAAUCUUCUUCUUCAUCUUCUCCUAUGCAAGAGAAGUGUCGUUUAUUAGAAAUUAAAUCCCCUUUUCACUCCUUGUAUGAUGGUUCAAAGCCAGCGUAUCAACCGUUUGGUAUUCCCCAGCAGUAUCUUUGCCAGAUGCAAGGACAAAUGGCCAUUGCUGGUGUAGACGAGUGUGACUUCUUUGUCUAUUUAGAUAAGCCGGCCUGUCAAGUAGUGGCCUGGCGUGUUUAUCGCAGUCAAGAGUUCUGGGAAUGGGCAGGUCCGAAAUUACGACAAGUUUCGCAGUGGGUGCGUGAUGGUCCUCCAUCGUGGUUAAACCGUAGUUUUGAGUUUGACGCCUUUGAUUUCUCAAAACUUGUGGUGGAGCCUCUUAUUUUUCCAUAUGAUAUCACAGAGAAUGCACCUAUUCGUGAUCCUCGUCGAUUUCCUUUUUUUGAGCGCCAUCCUAAUCCAUAUGAGAGUACGACAUCAUUAUUAUUAAAGGAUGAUCAAGAGGCUUUAUUGCGAAGUCUUAUGAAUCCAGUAACACGUUUUUUAUUUUAUAGUGAGACCGAUUCACAAACAGAAGAUGGAAUGCAAAAAGAGGAAUGUGUACUGUGGUGUAGAUCAGAGAAACCUAUUCCUGAAUCUGCAACGGUUGGUAUUUCUUGGAAUUCCCUUAAUGUGGAAAAGAAUUCUACCAAUGAUAUUGCAAAUUGGAAUAUGAAAGUAGCGGUAAAAAAACCACUUGAUUUUAAUAAUGGUAUAGUGAUAUGUACUGUACAUAAUAGACAGGUUAAGUUUAACGAGAAUAAUGAUAAUUCUAUCAGUGUACGUUAUUUUGAGCGUUUGUUUUUUACUUCUUUACUGCCUUUAACAACCCAAUCACCGGCACUUGAAGCUGUUGCCCCUUCUACGGUGAUGGAUCCUUUGAAUGAUGGUUGUGAUGACCCCUCCUCUAGGCCGGAAACUGUUAAUGAAUGUAGUCAAAGAUCUUUUUAUUUCAUUAACGAAACUAAACGUUUUGAUAAACGACGAAGGUCUUGUUCAAUCUCUGAUGACUCUGUUAUUAUUAUUGAGAAUGAAUCAACAUCUCGUCGAUCAGUUUCCAUAGAGGUUUGUACGUUGUCACAAUAA